CCAAACCCUAGCUCUAGCCUCUAGCUGAGAGAGGAGAGCCAAGGGAAGGAGGUGGAUUUGGCCAUGGCCGCCGCCGCCGCCGCCGCCCACAAGCGCAAGCGGCCCGAUGAGUCCGCGGACGUCGACCUCUCGGCCGCCGACGCCGUGGAGGUGCUCGACCUCCGGGCCGCCAAGCGCCUCCUCCUGGCCUUCGAGCGCCGCCUCCGCGACAACCUCGAGGCUCGCAUGAAGUACCCCGACGACCCCGCCCGCUUCGCCGACUCCGAGAUCGCUCUCCACGCCGAGGCCGACCGCCUCCGCCUCCUCGCCGGCGCCCCCGAGCUCUUCCCCGACCUCGUCCCCAUCGGCCUCGCCUCCUCCCUCGCCUCCCUCCUCACCCACGACAAUGCCGACCUCGCCGCCGCCGCCGCCUCCCUCCUCGCCGACCUCACCGACUCCGACGACCCCUCCGACCUCGCCGCCGUCCAGGCCCUCGCCGACGCCCUCGUCGACGCCAACGCCCUCGACCUCCUCGUCCACAACCUCUCCCGCUUCUCCGAGGCCGACCCCGACGAGGCCGAGGCCGUCCACAACACCCUCGCCGUCCUUGAGAACCUCCUCGACCUCCGCCCCAACCUCGCCGACAAAGUCUGCGACGGCACCAAGCUCCUGCGCUGGCUCCUCUCGCGCCUCAAGGCGCGCGAAUUCGACGCCAACAAACAGUACGCCUCGGAGAUCCUCGCCAUCCUCCUGCAGAACAGCCCUGCCAACCAGAAGCGCCUGGGACAGAUCAACGGAGUCGACGGCCUGCUCCAGGCAGUUGCCAUGUACAAAUCCAGGGACCCAAAGACCUCAGACGAGGAGGAGAUGCUCGAGAACCUCUUUGACUGUCUCUGCUGCGUGCUCAUGCCCCUGGAGAACAAGGAGAGGUUUGUCAAGGCUGAAGGCGUCGAGCUCAUGAUCAUCAUCAUGAAACAGAAGAAGCUGGCAUAUAGCUCUGCCAUCCGCACGCUCGAUUUCGCCAUGACCAGGUUCCCGCCUGCAUGCGAGCGCUUUGUUGACGUGCUUGGCCUUAAGACUGCUUUCGCGGCCUUCAUGGGUAAGAUUCCCGCAAACAAGAAGAAUAAGAAAGAGAGUUAUCAGGAGGAGCUAGAAGAACGUAUCAUUUCGAUUAUUGCCUCAUUGUUUGGUGGUAUUACCAAGGGCUCGCGAAGGAUGAGGCUACUAGGAAAAUUUGUUGAGAAUGAAUGUGAAAAGAUAGACCGUCUGAUGGAGUUUUACACAAGGUAUUCAGACAGAGUGAAAGAAGAGACUGAGAGACUUGAUAGUCUUGAUUUGGAAGAUCUAGAGAUGGACGAUGAUGAGCGGUAUAACCGAAAACUUGAAGCUGGCCUUUACACACUGCAGUUAAUUGCACUUAUUCUGGGACACAUCUGGCACUCUGGGAAUUCCCAGAUGAGGGCAAGAGUUGAAUUGCUUCUAAGACAAAACAAACUUACGAAGCAAGAUGUGAAGGACAUACUUGAGGUGAUGUGUUUGCUAUUGCAGUUUGCUUCCGAUCUAGUGGGUGCUGCUUUGUAUGGUCCUGAAUUUGUAUCACUGUUGACCGUUUAUGUUGCUUGGUGGUAGCCUCAAUGAUAGGGGAUGGGCAUUAAGAACAAAGCUGUUGAUAUCUAGUGGUUUUGCAUUGCAGGAGUACCAUGACAACAUUGGGGACUUGGAUGGACCUGAAGAGAAGGAAAGAGCUCAAGCACGGACCAAGGAGAUUAUAGCAGUGUUGUGAUGCGCAUGGAUGGGUGGGCUGGUUGUAGAGCAAGACAAUGCUCCUCUGAGGGGGGUUUAGAGAGAGAUUUUGUGAGAAGGCUGGCAUGUUUGAGUAGUGUAGAUGUUGGAUGGCAGAAACAAAGAGGGGCAUUGCCUGCCUGCUCUCAGCAUUCUGUUGUGUUGUAUGCUUUUCCUGUGUAGAAGUAUUAGUUAGUUAUUUGCACACUGGUUUUUAUAUUCUGGGAUUCGAAUGCCAGUUUUGAGACAUGCA